UCAGCGCAGCCUUGUUCGAAAGACUAAGUACAACCUUCCACAACAGCGCCAAAGAGGUUUGCACUCUACGUCUUUGUCAAUCCACUUGAUCACAGCUCAAUGCAAGCGCUACGGCCGGCGCUUUGGCGUCAGGCUUGCCGGGCAUCUCGACGUUCGCCGUGGCAGCGUCGAGGACAACACGGCCAACAUGGUCCUCAUAAAGAAUACUUCCAGACUCCAGGACAAAUGCCUGCCCCCGACACGACACCGUACACAGGAGCAUACACCCCACAAAUUGUCAAAACUCCCACAGGGCCCUCACUCUUCUGGCGCUUCGCCAGAUCGGUGUUCUGGGCGGAUCUCUUCUUCACCCUCGGCGCAAUCGCAGGCACAGCUUUGAUCAGCUGGGAGUACCUGCAACCACCCUUCGAGCCUGGCUCUGAAGAGGAUCAAGAGUUAUGCGAGGAAAUAAAGGAGACACUCGAGGUGCACCCUCUGGUCGAGGGUCUACGUGAGCAGAAUUGGACCGAAGAGAACUUCUAUGCGAGCCGCUCGAAUGGCGCCGUCAGGGGUGAACACCUGGUAGGCGAGAAGCUUACAGGCACACGCGGUGUAACAAUGAAGGUCUUCAAACAUCCUUCGCAGCCUAUAACCAUGAUGGUAUUCUUUCUGGGUUUCGGCGUAGAGGGUUGGCCUGACACGAUUCACGGCGGUAUGACGAUGUCUCUCCUGCACGAAAGCGUCCAACAGCACCUUCAAAUGCAUCACCCGGAACUUGGACCUGCGACUGCUCAGUUCAGCAAUGUUUCUUUCUUCAGACCAAUGCGGCCCGGCGACGUGUAUAGCAUCUUCGUUCCUCCAACAAUUGUGCAGCCUAGUGUCAAAGAACACCAUAAAUCAGUGCACGUAACGCCGAUACUGAUGUACUUGGAUGGGCCGAUAAGCGUCGAGGUAGCGAGCAACUGGCAAGGGAAACCUGAGCAGGGCGAGCAAUCUGGCAAUGCGCAAACGAUAGCUGGUGCUUCCAUGUUUGACAGACAAAGCCUGAAAGCUAUUCCCAACAUACAUGCGUUUGGUGAAAUGGAUGUCGCAGUCCCGGCGGCGAAUGCAUUCGAGGAUACUACGCGCAAUCCUCCGCUGUUCUAAGUUCUAGACUCCAUUGCGAAGGAGUGCAAUGUUGGCUGGAACUUACAGAGUUUGCACAGUAAGCAAUGAGAGACUGGUACUCGCCACUGUGGUCGGACACAAGCGCAACGAAGACUUAAUGACUAGAGUGUCAGAUUGCUCAGCAUGAUCUAAGACCUUUGAGAUCUCCCUCCGCCAUGUCCAGAACAUUUACGCCGAUCCACACUGAAACAGCGGUCGAGUGAUAGCCAACGCUCAACCCAAAAACAGUGAUCGACUAGCACUCUCCUGUGCUGUACGUCGCCUUGUACGCUCGACCUGGAGGGAUUGAUGUGUUUGAGCAUUGACCGGACAUGAUAAAGAUGUGAUAAUGCCGGUGGUAAAAAUGGACGACUCAGGCGGUGGAUGCGGAGUCGUGGAGAGAUCGUGGUCGAGGGCAUGGCACGAUAAACGAAUCUUUUCCCGACGUGCAUGAAAAGAGCCGAGGAACAUGAAGUCCUCCACGUUUCUUUUAGCUUCUCAUGAGGGCAUACACCACGGAAGAUUACCCCUAUGUGGAAAACGAUACCGGGCUGUCAGGCCAGACGUGGUGUGUGUCCACAUGGUAUGGAUGGAUUGUGAAAAGCAUAUUUGCCAACCGGACUCAUCUUUAGAGACAUCUGACGCAGUCGAGCGAGUCAGCAUUGAUCAGACAUAUCGAGGGCACGGCAUUGUCACAACUCGAUCGAAUCCCGGUGCGCUCUACUGUUACAUUUACAGGCUCCGGAACUCUACUGUUGAACCUUGACAACCAGAUUCCUGGGCCCUAGACGACUACAGGGGUAAACAUUGCACCUAUCACCAUCAAUUGUCCAGAUCCCUACGGUUUAUUGUGUCCUCAUGUCGUGGCUGGAUGGGAUGCCUCGGUAUCCUGCCGGCUAAGGGACUGGUUUAGGUACGAGUUACCGGCAACUGUCCAAGUGUUCUGCGGAGAAGUGGAUCAAUAUUGCAUGGACGGACACCAGAUGUCAAUACCCGAGAUAUCGAAGAGGGACUUGCACCGCACCCUUUACCUGAGUCCAGCCUUGGAAUUUGCUUUUUGACCGUGGUCCUAGCGCCCUAAACUUGGUGUUGGCUCCUUUUAGAUUCCGGGGAGUCCGUGGCUGUCAGCGACCACCUCUUGGACGAGUAUGCACGGGAUGCACCGCAUGUACACUACCGUGCUCUCGUAGAAUUAGAUAUUGAAACUUUGUACAAGUUACACAAAAAGCAUUAGGCAUUGAGC